AUGGUUCUGGGUGUGCUCAAGUCCCCUUCUUACCCUGGCUCAGGCCGCGAGUUGGUGGGCAUUGUUGGGGGCUGUGAUGUCAUGGCCAGGAGGGAGGAGCUGGAGGCUUGUGCCUUUAGGGUUCAAGUUGGGCAGCUGAGACUCUAUGAUCAUGACCAGCUGACGAAGGUGGCUCAGAUCAUCCGCCAUCCCCAGUACAAUGACAGCCUGUCUGCUGAGGGUGGUGCGGACAUGGCCCUGCUGGAGCUGGAGGUCCCCGUGAUACUGUCUGAGCAGGUGUUCCCCAUGUCCCUGCCGCCUGACUCCCUGAGGGUCCACUCAGGGUGGGUGACCGGCUGGGGUGACAGUGUGGAUAGAACUCUGGAGUCCCCCGGCAGCCCUCAGUGGCUCUCUGAUCCCCUUGUGCAGGGCCUUUUCUCUAUGAGCAUCUGUGCCCAGAUCCCCUCUGCCUCUCUGUUCCAAGGACACAAGUCACUGGAUUUAGGGUCCCCCAGCAUGACCCCAUCUUCCUUCAGUUACAACUGCAGAGAUCCUGUUUUCCAGCAGCAAGAACCACUGCCCUGGCCCUUCCGCUUGCAGAAGGCCAAGGUAGCCUUGGUGUUGGAAAUCAGAGAGCCAAAUAACCUGCUGGGGCUGGGGGAGGGCUCUGGAGACCCAGCCAAGGGGAGUAAGGUCUCUCCUGAGAUGCUGUGGCUGCUCCUGGCCCUCCCCUGCCUGGGGGCCUCUGUGCCUAUGACCCCAGACCCUGGCUCAGGCCGCGAGUUGGUGGGCAUCGUUGGGGGCUGUGAUGUCAUGGCCAGGAGGUACCCCUGGCAGGUCAGCCUGAGGUUCUACAGCAUGCAGUUUGGUCUGUGGCAGCACAUCUGUGGGGGCUCCCUCGUGCACCCCCAGUGGGUACUGACUGCUGCCCACUGUGUCCAGCCGGAGGAGCUGGAGGCUUGUGCCUUUAGGGUCCAAGUUGGGCAGCUGAGACUCUAUGACCAUGACCAGCUGACGAAGGUGGCUCAGAUCAUCCGCCAUCCCCAGUACAAUGACAGCCUGUCUGCUGAGGGUGGUGCGGACGUGGCCCUGCUGGAGCUGGAGGCCCCUGUGAUGCUGUCUGAGCAGGUGUUCCCCGUGUCCCUGCCGCCUGACUCCCUGAGGGUCCACUCAGGGAAGACCUGCUGGGUGACCAGCUGGGGUGACAUUGUGGACAGAACACCACUGCCCCCGCCCUUCCACCUACAGGAGGUGGGCGUCCCCAUCGUGGGGAAUGAUGAAUGUAACCAGCAGUACAAGAACGUCUUGGACGGCUCCAAGGAGAUUAUCAAAGAGGACAUGCUGUGUGCCGGGAGGGAGGGCAGGGACUCCUGCCAGGGUGACUCCGGGGGACCCCUGGUGUGCAGGUGGAACUGCUCCUGGGUCCAGGUGGGGGUAGUAAGCUGGGGCACCUUGUGUGGGCAUCGCAACUUCCCUGGGGUGUACGCCCGUGUGAUGAGCUACAUGUCCUGGAUCCGCCAGUACGUCCCUCAGUUCCCUGGAUCCUAG